AUGGGCAAUCAGGAGGAGGCAGGGGAGGUCUGUCACCACCUCCUCUUUGAGGACCGGCCAGUAUGGGAGAAUCGCCGCUCGAUCACCAACGUCCAGGUCCGUACACAGCGCUGCUGCAAUGCCAUGAUAUGGGACUGGCAGGCGAGACAAGUGUGCAGCCAUGGCCUUUGACUGCAAUGAUGGAGAAGGACGUCGGAGCAUGUGGUGGUGAUAGCCCCGAAGGAGCGUGCGGGUUUGCAGACACUGACGUGGGGGAUGCGUGGACGGGCGGUGCGGUCGAUAUUGCUGGCACCCAAUGUGGGACACGUGGAAGCAUGGGUUCGCAGAGCGACUUCCAUGCACAGCCCGACAACAUGUCCAACAAGGAUGGUGGACAGAGGGCUGGUCGUCCUGAUGCUGUGGGGAAGGGAAAUACACGUGCUCCUGACUGGAAUCUUGACGAGAGCUUGGGGCUGCUUUGGUUCCUUUUCGGGGAAGACACUCUGCGGCAGAGCAGAAGAGAGAGAGAGAAAAUUCGUGGGAAGAAGGAGAAGUACAAGUGGAUCAUUUCGAAUCUCAUCGCGAAAGGCUUCGAAAAGCUAACCAUUUUGGAUUGCGGACACAAAACCUCAUUGACUGCGGAAGAGGAUCCGCGACAGUCACUUUCAUUUGAGAUCUGGUGAAAAGAUAUACUGGCACAUGGAUCGGGAAGGAGGAGGGGUUGCCAGUGCAAUUCGAUC